AUGGAGACCAAAAGUCUCCUCCUUUUUCACCUCCUUCUGUUACUAAUCUCUUUACCUUAUUCGAAACCAGAUCUCUCAGCCGACCGUUCAGCCCUUCUCAGCCUCCGUUCUGCCGUGCACGGCCGAACACUCCUCUGGAACGUUUCACUGCUGAACCCUUGUUCAUGGACUGGUGUCAUUUGUGAACAAAACCGCGUCACAGUUCUCCGGCUUCCUGGUUUUGCACUCACCGGAGAAAUCCCAUCUGGAGUUUUCUCAAACUUGACAGAAUUACGCACUUUGAGUCUUAGGCUUAAUGCACUUACUGGAAACUUACCUCAAGAUCUUGCUAAUUGCAAAAGUUUAAGAAAUCUUUAUUUACAAGGGAAUCUUUUCUCUGGAGAGAUUCCUGAUUUCUUGUUUAGUUUGAAAGAUCUUGUGAGGUUGAACCUUGGUGAGAAUAAUUUUACUGGUGAGAUGUCAUCCGGGUUUGACAAUUUUACGAGGUUAAGGACUUUGUUUUUAGAGGAUAAUUCAUUAUCCGGGCCAUUGCCAGAUUUGAAGUUGGAGAAGUUAAAGCAGUUUAAUGUGAGUAAUAAUUUGUUAAAUGGGUCUAUACCUGAUAGAUUUAAGGGUUUUGGGCCUAGUUCUUUUGGGGGUACCUCUUUAUGUGGGAAGCCUCUUGCUAAUUGUGAUGGUAGCAGUGGGAGUAUUGUGGUGCCUAGUAAACCAAAUGGGGUUGGAGAAGGUAAGAAAAAGAAGUUGUCCGGUGGUGCAAUUGCAGGUAUUGUGAUUGGAUCUAUAGUGGGGUUAUUGUUGAUUGCUUUGAUUUUGAUGUUUUUGUGUAGAAAGAAUAGUAGUAGUAAGUCAAGAUCGAUUGACAUUGCAUCGAUUAAGCAACAAGAGAUGGAGAUUCAAGGUGAGAAGCCAAUUGUGGAGGCGGAAACUGGUGGUGGGUAUGGAAAUGGAUAUUCUGUGGCUUCUGCCGCGGCGGCUGCAAUGGUGGGUAAUGGUAAAGGUGGGGACUUGAAUAGUGGUGGUGCUAAAAAGUUGGUGUUUUUCGGUAAGGCAUCAAGGGUGUUUGAUUUGGAAGAUUUGUUGAGAGCCUCUGCAGAGGUAUUGGGGAAAGGCACAUUUGGGACAGCUUAUAAGGCAGUCUUGGAGAUGGGGACUGUGGUGGCUGUGAAGAGGUUGAAGGAUGUGACGAUUUCUGAGGGAGAAUUUAGGGAGAAGAUUGAGAUUGUGGGUGCUAUGGAUCAUGAAAAUUUGGUCCCGUUGAGAGCUUACUAUUAUAGCAGAGAUGAGAAGCUUCUUGUUUAUGAUUACAUGUCAAUGGGAAGCUUGUCUGCACUUUUGCAUGGGAACAGGGGAGCUGGUAGGACUCCAUUGAACUGGGAAAUCAGGUCUGGGAUUGCCCUUGCAGCUGCCCGUGGCAUUGAAUACCUACACUCUCAAGGUCCCAAUGUUUCCCAUGGAAACAUCAAGUCAUCCAAUAUCCUUCUCACUCAUUCAUAUGAUGCCCGAGUAUCUGAUUUUGGGCUUGCGCACCUUGUUGGUCCUCCCUCUACUCCUAACCGAGUUGCAGGUUACCGAGCACCAGAGGUAACUGACCCUCGAAAGGUUUCCCAGAAGGCUGAUGUCUAUAGCUUUGGUGUAUUGGUGUUGGAGCUGCUGACUGGGAAGGCUCCCACCCAUGCCCUUUUGAACGAGGAGGGCGUAGACCUUCCCAGAUGGGUUCAGUCUAUAGUUAGAGAGGAAUGGACAUCAGAGGUGUUCGAUCUUGAGCUCCUCAGAUAUCAGAACAUUGAGGAAGAGAUGGUUCAGCUCUUGCAGCUUGGCAUAGAUUGUGCUGCCCAAUACCCUGACAAUCGCCCUUCAAUGUCCGAAGUAACUAGGAGGAUCGACGAGCUAUGCCGGUCUAGUCUGCCGGAAGAUCAUAACCCGCGGCCUGAACCAAUCAAUGAUGCAGAUGAUAACUCAUCUCGAUGA